AUGCCUAAGAGGAGCAAAACAGCCGCAGCAAGCGAUUCAGAGCCCAAGAGGAGGUCUCUCAGGUUGAAAGAUAGACCUGAAGAGCCCAAAGCGGCGCCUAAAGCCAAGGCGAAGAAGGCCGCUGCUAAGACCAAGAAAACCAAGGAUGUAGAGAAGGCCAAGCCCGAGGAGAAAGAACCAGAGGCGCCUACAGAGAACGGAGAAGCCAAAGCUGAAGAUGAGGCACCAGCCGCCGACGCUGAACAGAAAGAUGAUGCUGAUGAAUAA